AUGUGGAUGAAAUUGCACGCGAUUUAUAAACAGCAGACGAAGCGAGCGUCUCACACAGUUCAAUCGGAAUUUUUCAAUUUCGGCAUGGAUCUGUCUGACGACAUGGUGACUCAUAUAGCUAAAUUUGAGGGUCUAGUUCUACGUAUGCAGCAGUUGAAUGUGAAGCCUGACGAAUCGUCAUUAGUCGUGAAAUUAAUAGACACGCUACCGGAAGAGUAUAAAAGUCUGCGUCAAGCAUGGAAUCUUGUGCGAAAGAUAGUGUAUGAUUGCGUACAAUAUUUUCUUAAUAAACCACAACAAGCACAAGCGAUUAUGGGUGAAUUGCCCACACAUAGAGUAACGUUGACAGCUCCAUUUCAUGCUACAGGCGUAGAUUAUGCCGGACCUUUUUUAUUGAAGGAUAAAAGAGGUCGAGGUUGCAAAACAAUUAAGAGUUACGUGUGCGUCUUUGUUUGUUUUGCCACAAAGGCUAUGCAUCUAGAAUUGAUUUCGGAUCUAACAAGCGAAGCAUUCAUUGUCGCGCUGAGACGUUUUGCAUCUAGACGGAAAAAGCCUGCCCACAUACAUUCAGAUAAUGGUACUAAUUUUGGGGGAGCAAAUCGUGAGCUCAAAGAAUUAGGAAAAUUCUCCAGAUGGCAAUUGGUGCAGCAAUUACAACAGCACUUCUGGAAUAGAUGGAGCAAGGAAUACUUUGCCGAAUUACAGCAAAGAAUGAAAUGGGGGCAGACAUCUCAAGAUGUAAAAGAAGGAACGAUAGUACUUAUCAAAAACGAGAAUCUACCACCUCUAUGA